AUAUGCCGUGGCUCUUGCCCAUCAGGGUGUCCAGUGAUCUAUUAAUUAGUUUACAAUUAGUAGCCUGUGUGUGUGGUAAAGAUAAGAAUUCCAUUCUCCAAGUAAGCAGACUUUGUGUAGAAGACAGUAUCAAAAUUUGUGACGGAAUGGAAAAACCACCAACGAAGAAAAGGCGGGGGCCUUACGGAAAAAGGAAUUAUGAUUCUGAGUUACAGACUAUUCCCUUAACGUUAGAGCCUAUUUCCUUAACGUUAGAGCCUAUUUCCUUAACGUUACAGCCUAUUUCCUUAACGUUAGAAAGCCUGGAAACAAAUGUACUCGAGUCUACUUAUACUCUACAAGACAGCAGUGCCAUUUGGACCGAGAACUGCAAGCUGUUAGAAACAUCGGACAUAAUGGUGAACAGGGGAAAGCUUAGGAAAGCCACCUCAUCGGCAAGUCAAUGUGUGGGUGGCAAGGCUGUCUUCACAAGUCAAUGUGUGGGUGGCAAGGCUGCCUUCACAUUGACAAGUAAGCUUGCUAUUCUUGUCUUUAGCAUUGAAGAAUUGGCCCAAAGCAGGGGACAAGGGCUACGAAAAGCUAAAAAAGGGGACGUAAGGCCUGUCUUGAACUCCACAAAAAUUGAGGUUUUAAAAGAAUAUGUGAACGCCUGGUGUGUGAAGAAUGGAAAAGGGGAAUUGGAUGAAAAGUAUUUCAAUGACGCAAUAACAGAGAAGAUUAGUUACUGUAGAAAACAAAUGAAAAAACUACAGACGUAGUAAAAAAAACAA